AUGGAUGCUCUUAUACAGGAUCUGAGCUACAACCCCAUACUACAUAUCGACGAGGGAGUAUUCGCCAAAUUAAGGAACAUUAUAUAUUUAUUUUUUGUUGAAGUAUACCUACCAUCUUUAGAACCAGAUGUCAUAAGCAAUCUUUCUUCUCUCACGACAGUUUCGGCGUCUGACAACAGGCUUUGUUGCCUUCUAAAUGACCAAGAGAAUGUUACCUGUGCUCGGACCUCUGCUAGGAGCCCACUGGAAACAUGUGGCAGACUUUACCCAAGCGCCGUACUAGGGAUCUUUGGCUGGAUAAUAGGUCUAACUGCUCUGGUUGGAAACAUCGCGGUGCUCGCUCUAAGAUUUCACCAGCACGAGAAAUUAAGUGUACAAAUUCUUCUGAUUAUUAAUUUAGCUGUUGCCGAUUGUCUGAUGGGAGUCUACAUGAUCUUCAUAACAUUAGCAGAUGUACAUUUUGGCGAUAUCUUCUUUCUAAUUGCUCCUUGGUGGCGACAAUCUAUUGUAUGUAAGGUGGCCAGUGUUCUGGCUUUCCUAUCAAGUGAACUAUCCGUUCUAACAUUAGCCCUCAUUACCCUUGACAGGCUUAUAUGUAUCAUGUUUCCAUUUGGGAAAUACCACUUGAAUGUAAAAAUAACUGGUAUGUUUCUGGUCGUUGCAUGGUUAUCUGUCCUUGUAGUUGGUGUCCUGCCGUAUGUACUUUAUUCAGAUCUGUCCGGCAUCUAUGGCCUUUCAGAUGUUUGUCUUGGGUUACCACUUCAUGUUGAUUCAGGAGAAACCGGUAUAUUACGUUUCCAGAGAGAAUUACCUUGGUCGGAGGAAUUCAUAGUCGUCUACGAGGCAAUCAGCAGUGACAUCCGACCAUCUUGGAUAUACUCAGUUAUUAUCUUCAUCGGUGUGAACGCAAUAUUAUUCUUGUUCAUCUUAAUCUGCUACAUCUCGAUGUUCGUCGAAGUUAAAAGAUCAACUCGAUCUGUCGGAAACUCGGAAAUGAGAUGGAGGGAAAUCAAAGUCGCCAGGAAAAUGGCGUUCAUCGUAGGAACUAAUUUUGCCUGCUGGAUGCCGAUUGUUAUUAUGGGUAUUCUUACACAGACAGGUCUGGUGGUCCUACCGUCGUCAUUAUACGCCUGGGUCGUUAUAUUCAUAUUACCUAUUAACUCUUCAAUUAACCCGAUCAUCUAUACGUUCUUGAAUUUUCAUGUCAGAAGACGAAGAAAUAAAAGGAACACGUCGGCUCUUAAUUCUGUUUCAAGGAAUGUAGAUUUUAAAAGAAUACAUAGACGCUCAAGAAAUAAUAGUAUUACCAGGGAAACUCGUGCAUAA